AUGCUCACUGUUGCUAGAAACUACACAGCCAGGUCCUGUGCUGACCACAUGGAACACGGGGAGUCUCACUGUGGAUAUUACGUCGUCGAUGAUGGACAAGAAAGUUACGUUGUCUUCUGUGAUAUGAACACCGAGAUUGGAUUUGCCUACACACUCAUCGAGUCGUUUGCUCUCAAACAUAUCGGUUUCUUUCGACAAAGUCUGACUGUGAAUUGGCCUAUCAAUGAGAAUUCACCCAACUGGAACAUGCACCGUCUCUCUCACAGCAGAAUGUCCCGUAUUAGAGAUCACUCCACCUACUGGAGAGCCACGUGCAACUUUCUAUCCUUGGGAAUUGACUACUAA